CCUCUCUCUCUCUCCCUCCCUCCCCCUCUCUCAUUCUCUCUCUCUCACACCACCUCUCUCACAUUGAGCGGAGCUCAGACUGCAGCAGAACGUUCAGACGCUAGCUUCCUCCUCCUCCUCUCUCUACCAGAGGAACAGGAACUACAGCGAGCCAGGGGGAGAGAGAGACAGGGAGGGAGAGAGAGACAGUGGGUUCCCCUCUGGGAGAGAGAGAGAGAGAGAGAGAGAGCGAGAGAGAGAGAGAGAGAGAGAGAGAGAGAGAGAUAGCAAGAGACAGCAGGUUUCCCUCUGGGAGGGAGAGUGAGAGACAGAGAAACAUCUCUGGUGGAUUGACAGAGGAGGACCUGCAGUGGCCUCCAUACAUACGGAAGUAGGAAAGCGUCCUUCGCUUGUGUGGCUGCUGAGCUUCUGCAGGCGUCUCAUGGAAGAUGGUGGACUCUGCGCCGCUGUGCUGAGGAGCUGACAGGCAGGGCCUGCAGGAGGCAGCAGUAGCAUCAGCAGCAUGGGCCCUAGUCAGACCGACAACCCCACCACCACCACCACCACCACCGCCUCCACCACCUCCACCUCCUCCACCACCGUCGCCUACCAGCCAGAAGCGGCAUCGCGCGGCGCCCCCGACGACACCGGAGCCCCGACCCACGGCGCCUCUGAUGGGCGAAGACACUAACGACGACGUGCCCACGCCCCCCCCCCACCAGCACCCUCACCGCGGCUUCCUCCCCGACCACAACUAUGUGACCGAAGGGCUGCUCCUGGCUAUAGCCUGAAGAGCUGCGCCCCGCCCAGUCUAAACCCCUCCUCCACCCCCGGACUCCUCCCCCACGAUGUUGAGUCCCAUCCAGGUGCUGUGCUCCGACAUCACCUCCCUCUCCCUGGAGCCCGAGCCCUUCGCCUCGUACACUGAAGCUGAUAUCAUCUCCACCGUAGAGUUCAACCACACUGGAGAGCUGCUGGCCACCGGCGACAAGGGUGGCAGAGUGGUCAUCUUCCAGAGAGAACCUGAAGGCAAGACGGAGCCGUUCUCGCAGGGCGAGUACAACGUGUACAGCACCUUCCAGAGCCACGAGCCUGAGUUCGACUACCUGAAGAGCCUGGAGAUCGAGGAGAAGAUCAACAAGAUCCGCUGGCUGCCCCAGCAGAACGCCGCCCACUUCCUCCUCUCCACCAAUGACAAGACCAUCAAACUGUGGAAGGUGAGCGAGAGGGAUAAACGGCCAGAGGGAUACAACCUGAAGGAUGAGGAGGGUCGGAUCAAGGACAUCUCAACCGUCACCUCCCUGCAGGUGCCCGUGCUGAUGCCCAUGGACCUGAUGGUCGAGGUGAGCCCGCGGAGGGUGUUUGCCAACGCCCACACCUACCACGUCAACUCCAUCUCCGUCAACUCCGACUGUGAGACGUACCUGUCGGCGGACGACCUGCGCAUCAACCUGUGGCACCUGGGCAUCACCGACCGCAGCUUCAACAUCGUGGACAUCAAGCCGGCCAACAUGGAGGACCUGACGGAGGUCAUCACGGCGGCCGAGUUCCACCCGUUCCACUGCAACCUGUUUGUGUACAGCAGCAGCAAGGGGACGCUGAGGCUGUGUGACAUGAGGGAGCAGGCCCUGUGCGACAAGCACUCCAAGCUUUUCGAGGAGCCCGAGGACCCCAGUGCCCGCUCCUUCUUCUCAGAGAUCAUCUCCUCCGUGUCCGACGUCAAGUUCAGCCACAGCGGGCGCUACCUGCUCACCCGCGACUACCUGACCGCCAAGGUUUGGGACCUCAACAUGGAGAACAAGCCCCUGGAGACAUACCAGGUUCACGAUUACCUCCGCAGUAAAUUGUGCUCCCUCUACGAGAACGACUGCAUCUUCGACAAGUUUGAGUGUGCAUGGAACGGCUCCGACAGCGUCAUCAUGACGGGGGCCUACAACAACUUCUUUCGCAUGUUCGACCGCAACACGAAGCGCGACGUGACGCUGGAGGCGUCGCGCGAGAGCAGCAAGCCGCGCGCCGUGCUGAAGCCGCGGCGGGUCUGCGCGGCCGGCAGCAAGCGGCGCAAGGACGACAUCAGCGUGGACAGCCUGGACUUCAGCAAGAAGAUCCUGCAUACGGCAUGGCAUCCCGCCGAGAACAUCAUCGCCAUCGCCGCCACCAACAACCUGUACAUCUUCCAGGACAAACUGAACUCCGAGAUGCACUAGCCAGUGGCGGGACGGACACGGCGGCGUGCGCUGCGUGUACCUGGUGUGUACUGUGUGUGCACAUGUGUGUGUGUGUGUGUGUGUGUGUGUGUGUGUGUGUGUGUGUGUGUGUGUGUGUGCGCAUGUGUGUGUGACACAAGGGAUAUGGGGGCGUAAAAAGACAAACGUGCCAGCAUGAAGGGAUACUAACGCUGGGCACACCCAUGCACACACACACACACACACACACACACACACACACACACACACACACACACACACACACACACACACACACACACACACACACACACACACACACAUUCACACACACACACACACACACACACACACACACACACACACACACACACACACACACACACACACACACACACACACACACAUAAACACACGCACACACUUGUAUGUGUGUUCUUGUACACCCCUACCUGAUCCGGAUCCAUACACACCCUGUCACCACUCUGGGCCCCGGGAGUCCAGGAGCCUUCCAUGGUGAUGACAAAUACCCCUCAAACACACACACACACACACACACACACACACACACACACACACACACACACACACACACACACACACACACACACAGACAGACAGACAGACAGACAGACAGACAGACAGACAGACAGACAGACAGACAGACAGACAGACAGACACACACACAGGACCCUCUCCAGGGACCAACCAUGGGGACUAUGCUGGAUUACAGAAUGCAUCUUAACCAUCUCUCAAACCAACACCCUGGACCCUCUCCUGAUUGGACGAUGAUACCUUGUGUAGGAGGGGCUGCAGGAUCCUGAAGGCAGGAAGUAUUCGGGAACAGACGUAAAGUGGGUUUAGUGUCGCUGUUCUUAGUUCACAUCCCUCCGCCCUACUUUUGUAAGCAGCCACGCCCUGCUUCCUGGGGGGAACCUCUCUCAACCAAACCCCCUCAUGGUGUUUGGUAACGUGCCUACGGUUAACUUUUUUUUUUCGGGGCGGCGGUGUCUCGUCGUUGUUAACCGGUGUCAGCCAUGCGUCAGGCAUUUAUGCAACAUGUUGUGCAUUUGAUUUGAAAAUACUAAGCCGACUUGAUGAAAACAUGUUUUUUUUUUGCAUAUUCCUGGUAAGAAAAAGUCAAUGAUGGAGAUCAUGAUGAUGGUGAUGCUGAUGGUGAGAACUGUUGCCAUGGAAACUGGGGAUUCCAGACUCCAUACUCCCCAUCCCCAUAUCGGCCGGGAGCGCCCUAACCCUCUGACCCCCCCACCCUCUCCUGGGGGGGGGGGGGGCUGUUCAGGGGGUCAUGGAACGGGGCUCCAAAUGUAUUCCGAACGUCAAGGAGCGGAGGCAGUAGACCCUUACAGGGACGGGGGCCCGGGUGUCUGUCCCCCCCCCCCCCUCCCCCCCCCCACUGCUGUCUACUCCACGAGCUCACAUUAUAGUAGCUUCUCAUCCUGCCUGAUCAGGAGCCCUCCUCAUUGUUAUUUUUCCGUUGAAUGGUUGGAUUCUGCUGCCAGUGAAUCGGGAGUGUGGGAGGGGGGGGAGGCUUUGAAGGAGCAAAGAUAAAUGUAUAAAAAUAAACGAAAAACUGAAAAAAAAGGAAAUAAAUUAUUCUAAACUGUUCGAGAGCAAAAAAACGAUGCUGCAUGUCCAACUGAACUUAGGCUAGGUGUUUAUAAGUCAAACCACUGACAUGGCUGCCUUUGUGACCAUUUAGUCUCAGCUGUAUAAACGCUUCGGGGGGACCGGUAACCACAGAUGAGCGAGCUCUCCUACUCUAUUCUUUGUGUCUCAGGAGAAUGAAGCAUGUUUACGUGUUCGGUUCACCCACACAUGUACCUUUUGAAUGAAGCCGCCCAAUAAUCUGUUUUUGACACGUUGAAGCUGAGAAUCAUGGAGUAUGGGGAAUGUUUUCUUUUUGAUUUGUCUGAUUAAUAUUGUAUUCUCAAAAACAAAACAAAAAAACGACUUUCAAGGGCCUGUAUAUAUUGAUUAUUCUAUUUUUUCUGGGGGGAUUAGGUUUGGAGAUUUUUUCUGUUUCUUUAACUUAUCUUCACAAGUUGAUGACCAGAGACAAGGACCUGUUGUGAUCGCCUGCAGGAGAGCCGAAUGCAGAGAUAGUGCUUUGGUCUCUACAGCCUUCUUCAUGGAUUUAUUUGGCGGAUAUGCAGAAUCUGUUGCUCUUUUUUUUUUAACACAGUUUAUUCUUUUAUUUCUACUAUUUUUUAAACAUGUACUGGUCCAAUUUCAUGCACUGACUGAACUAAUGUUUGAUUAUUCACAUAUUUUUGUGUUCAUGUAUUUUGAUGAAAGAAUUGUCAAAUGGACAGUUAUAAAUAAUGUUUUUCUUUUCUUGAAUAAAUAUUUCAACGAAAUUGCAUCCGAA